AUGGUCAUUGAGGCUAAGUAUUCUAGAUGGUUAACUGAGUAUGGUGCAAUGGAUGUGAGCGCAAAACAAUUCAUCCAAGACCUCGAAAUGCUUGAUGCAUAUCAAGAAUCGAUCGCUUCCCCAUCUAGCCUUCCACCUCCACUCACCCUUUUCAGAUUAUCAGGCCUGGAACAGAUCGUUCGACAACACGGUCAACAUUCACCUCAAUACAGAUUAGCCAUCAGCACACUAAAGAAAUUCUUAGAUGGAAUCCUUUCAACACCUACCGAAUCACAAACGAUCUUAAUUGCUGUCCCACCUAAACCCGCUCAUACUAGAUUAGGAAAACGAACAUCACUUUCAUUACUUGCACCAUUUCAAACUAGCGAAAGUAGUUUUGUUAGUAGAUCAUUAUUAGAUAGACGUAGUGAAAUCUUUGCAGGUACUUCACCUAAGAUCGUUUCUUCUACUAGAGCUUGUUAUUCAAACGUAACUGAAUGUGAAGAAAACACCAAGACUUGUAAUGGGCAUGGAGCUUGUGUGAUGGGACAAAGAACUUCGGGUGGCAAUUGUUUUGUUUGUGAGUGUAAGAAAGAGAAGAAAGAUGGAAAAGUUGUUGGUUGGAGUGGUGAGAUGUGUCAAAAACAAGAUCUCUCUAGCGAAUUUGUCUUGAUAAGUGGAUCAGUCAUUGGAUUAAUCAUUGCAUUCUCAAUGGCAAUCGCUUUAUUAUUUUCGAUUGGUGCAGAAGGCUUACCACAACAACUAGCAAGUGUAAGUGGAUCGAGUAAGAAAAAUGAUUAA